AGAAAGAAAGAAAGAAAGAAAGAAGAGAGAGAUUGAAACAUUGAAAUAUACCCAUGCAGGUCCCUUCUGCUGGGCGGCACACAUAUGACAGAAGCAGAGAAUAAAAUAUCUAGAGACAUCUGCACAUUAUUAAUUAUCGUCAAGUUCAAAGGCCAAUUCAUCCAUGAAUCCUAGAGGGACUUCCAGUCCCAAAGUACACCACUCCACGGAGAAAGUAGAAGAAGCAUCCGAUUUCUUUAAACCUUUGCCAUUUUCUAACCCCCUUUUCUUCUCAGAGGCUUGGUGGGCAUCCUGCUGGAAUAAGGUCCCCCCUGCUGCAAGGUGGGGGGACAAUAAAGACUAAUCUCAUCCCUAAUCUCAACCCUGCUCUUUGUAUUCAGUUUCUCUCUUCUCUUUGCUCCUCCUUUAUUCUCUCUUCUCCCUCCUUCCUGCAGCUGCCACCAGCACCCACCACCCCCUUCCCUCAAGCAAACCAAGCAGGGAGUGAGGACCUGAUGCUCUACCUCUCCUCUCUGUUAGAGUUGUUCUUCAUUAUCCUUUGGUGUCCACUCAGACUUACGAAUAAAGGAAGGUAUUGACUAGCAUAGGCAACUGGUACGGAUUUCCUCUGAAGUUGGGGCAGGUGCCUUCUCCGCCACCGUGAGCUCCGUGAAGACAGUGCAUCCUCCUCCCUCUCUCUGCUCCCUGCCUUUCUCACCUUCAUGUCCCCAGUAUCUGUACAGUGCCUGGUGGGGAGCUGAUGCUCAACCGAUAAGUGUGGACAGGAUAAAUGAAUGAACCAACUCUAUGAGGCCCUCUGAGGACAGCUCAGCUGGCCCAGGCUCCCCUCCCUGGAGCUGCCCCCAGAACCAUGGAGAGUCUGAGUGAACUGCAGAACCCUUUGCUGCCUCGGAGCCCCGCCCCCCUCCAUGGCCCUUACCCCUACCCUGAGGCUUCGCCCAGCUGGUCAUGCGAGGAGAAGCUCUACUCCUACCUCCUGGGUGGUGCUGGCUCUGCUCGCACCCAUCAGCUCCUGGACCCAGGAUCCCUGCAGCUGGCCGUGGAGGCCUGGUACAGGCCCACCUGCCUCCUGGGGAGGGACAAGGUCAAGGAAGCCAGGGCAAACAGCUGUGAGACCAGCUUCACAGAGAACAGGGAGCCCCAGGCGGGGCCUACGCUGCGGUCCACAGAACCUGGCCAAGCAGAAGAGGAUGUCACCAUCCAGACUGUGUCCUACGGGGUUCAAGAGGAGCAGCAGGGCCAGGAGAAUGACCAGGAGGAGGAGGAGGAGAGUGAUGUGACGUCGACAGACAGUGAAAGUGAAGACAACUUCGUGGCGCUGCCGCCCAGGGAUCACCUGGGCCUUACUAUCUUCUCCAUGCUCUGCUGUUUCUGGCCCCUGGGCAUCGCUGCCUUCUACUUCUCCCAGGGGACCAGCAAGGCCAUCUCCAAGGGAGACUUCCGCCUGGCCAGCACCACCUCCCGCAGGGCCCUCUUCUUGGCCACACUCUCCAUCGCCGUGGGCGCCGGUCUCUAUGUGGCCGUGGUGGUGGCUCUGGCAGCUUACAUGUCCCAGAAUGGCCAUGGCUAGUAGCCAGCAGGGCCUGGCAUCCUGGCUCCCCUGCUCCGCCUGAGGAGGCAGUGAGGCUUGGGGUUGCAGACUCUCUGGAGAGCCCCGGCCCCUGAAGACAACCCACGAUCCUGGCUUGUUGUGGGGAGGCCUCCCAGGCUGCAGCCUGCAGGGCUUCACUGUCACUUCUUGUA